AUGUUCAGGAAUAUUCUACACAAAGCAAACAGGCUCGAAGACUUAAUGCGUGACGAUAGCAGUAGGUUUCUCGGUAACGGCAUUGCUUUGUCACGCGAUGCAGUUCGGGAUGUAUUCGGCAACCGAACGAGUCCAAAUCUCCGAGGCCCAGGCGUCGUGCCUCCGAAGGUCGAAACACCCUUUAUUAACCACGACGGCUUCGGAAGAAGGAGUGUCAGUGGCGUUGAAAAACACUCUCAUCUCAGCAACCCUGAAGGGUUGAUGAAGCGAAGGUUUGAAACCUUCAAGGAUCUUGAGGUUCAUAUAAUUCGUGGAGGGUCGACGUUGUUUCAAAUGCCAGACGUUGAAGUUGUGUACAAGAAGGCAAUCAUUUAUAAGACAGCUACUGAGAACAGUUCCGUGGAAAUUUACUGCUUUGCGGGCUACCACAAGGCUGCCAGUAUCACAUGGCAUGUCAACCAACGUCCGCCCGACGAGUCAAUAACUAUCGAAACGGCCUACACCAAACGAGGCCAUCUGAACAUAGUCGUUUCGCGGCUAAGAGUAGGUCGCUUGGACGUGCUUCCUUCAAGAACGGGAAAAUACACGUUUCAGUGUUCGGUGAACGUCGAUGACUCUGACGCUGAAUCCCGCAUCGAAGUGAAAACUGCCUUUAACAACAGCUGUAUCGAUAACACGGACUGCGACGCCAGAAACGCGCUGUGCACCUUUGGAAAAUGCGAGUGCAAGGAUUACCUUCCCGUGCCACUCCGAUCAAAGCACACAACGUGCCGCUCAUUCGGGUUCAUCGGCUGGCCCUGCAACUACGACGAGCAGUGCUCCUACGCCGUUCAAAACAGUCUGUGUGACUCUAGGAGAAAGUGCGGGUGUCAACAAUACUACAGGCCGUCGAGCGACAACCAGUCCUGUCUUGCUAAGAACGGCCUAGGCGCUGCAUGUUCCUCGCAGAGUGACUGUGACAUAUUCCGAGCAAAGUGCCGCAGCGGUCAUUGUCACUGUCCGGAAGGGACAACAUCGGGGGCGAGGAUGUGCGUAAGUGUGCCGUCUUCCACGUUACUCGAACGAAUGAAAAACAAGAUGUUUAAAUCCGGCAACUUGUCGGAUGUACUUUCCGCUGACAACUCAAGUGCAACAGCAUUGCCUGGCAGCGACAAGAGGAAGUUCAACGGUGCAGCAAUAACAGCCUUGUCGUUCUGGAGGGUUUGGUUAGGAGUGUGCGUGACAUAUACUAUAUCAUUUAUUGUUCAUAAAUUGUAA